AUGACAUCCAAAGAAGAUGAUAAUAUCCAAUCAAAACAGCCACUAAGAUCAACGGCUGUUACAAUAUACAAAGAUUGGGUACACUCAUCUGUGACUGUUUUUGGGAUGGUUCCAAAAUUUGAACCAUUUGAAGCUAACAUUAUCACUCAAACAAGCACAGGGUUUCUUUUUGGAUGUAUUCCAAGCAAUAGAACGCAAUCUCCUCAAGCAAAUCAGUCCUCACCGACACAUUUUUGGCAUGAUAUCAGUGAUUUUUCAAUAGAUCUUGAUAAAGUUAUCAGAAGUCAAUUUGAAAAAGCAUUUGGAAAAGUUCAAAUGAUAUUGCAACUCAAUCAACCAGUUUCUGAACUAAUGAAAUACUUAGAAAUGGCAAAGCAGAAGAAAUCUAAAUCACCAAAGCAAGAAAGACUUCUUUUUGAAUACUAUUCUUACGGAACUCCUCAAAUAGAAAACGGAGAUUUACAUUUUUGCAGCAAUAAAGGCUAUGAAAAGGUUAAUAUCAAAGAAAUUCUUAACCUAGCCGGUAAAACGUCAUGUUUUAUAUUCGAUUGCGACAAUUCUGGAUCAUUACUUCCAUAUAUUAAAGAACAAGAUUCAGAUAUCUACGCAUUUUUCUCAGAUAGCGAUGGAGAAUUUAUUCCACGAUCUAAUGGAUUGCCAGCUGAUCUCUUUACUUCAUGUUUAAUGACUCCAGCUCAAAUGGCCUUAUUAUGGCAUUCGAGGCACUACUUUUGCUUCAAGAAUGGUCCAUUAACUCCAUUGAACACCUCAUUCGAAGUUGAGUGCAUGUGCGAUUUCAAGAAGAUCUACGAGAAUAUCAAUACAUUACUUCGACAUAUCGUUGAAGCAAUGGCUUACAAGACCAUGGGCCACGAAAAAUUCAUGAAGAUAUUCAGAAAAGACAGAGUUGUCUCUCAAAUUGCGAUAAAUUUUGUUUUGGCCCAAAGAAUAUUUUCAUUUUUUGAGAAAAAGCCGAUUUCUUAUCCAGAAAUACCAGAUAUGACAAAGAAUUCAUUAUGGAAUAGUUUUGACAUGCGAAUGGACGCAGAAUUGUUCAGAGUCCAGAGGGUUCCUGAAUCACUACAAAUCCCUUUUUCUGUCUAUUUGAACCAUGUUUUGACAACUUUAGACAACGCUGUCGUUGUUUCUAAGCCUGAGAUAACUUACUUCCCGGAGUUGUCUUUCAUAUCGUCUAUGCUAAACGAAGAAUCCCUCCAGGCAAGAGCUUGUACAACACUCGCAAAAUACUUGGAUAAAUCUCCAGAUUGUAUAAGAAUUUCACUUCACUUUUCGGUUGUUCCGAAACUCAUUCAAAUUUUAAAUCAAGGAAAAGUAUUGGCAUGCAUAUUCUGUAUAAUCAAAUUGUUUAAUUAUGAACGUUCUAUGUGGAAACAUUUCGAAAAUGAAAAAUCUAACUCUCCAAACUUGCCUUUGGUGCCGAUUGUUGAGUGGAUAAAAAAGACAAAUCCACCAACAUUGCCAUUGAUACUAUUAACUUUGUUGACAAAGGACUCUGUAACCGGUGGAAAGAAAUUUGUCGAAAUGCCAUGGAAAGAAAUUAUUAUGCCCUUGUUCAAACACAAACAUUCUGAUGUGAGAGUAUGGGCAAUGUUCCUGACUGCAAAUAUCUGCAAGUAUUUGGAUGAUUCCCAGAUUGAUGAAAUUUUCGAGGCUUCUAAAUUGAAUAUGGAUGAUGACUGUGAGUUAGAAUUGAAAUUGGCAUCAAUACAUUUAUGCUCUGAGAUGUCAAAUGGCGAAACAAGCGAAAUCCAACUAAAAAUAUUAAAAUACAUUUGCCAAUUCAUAUCUUCGUCAUUCUAUAUCAUCAGAUGCCAAGUCUUAUCUGCGAUAUCGGUAUUCUAUAGCAAAAUUCAUAAAUUUGGCGAAGAAAAUCAGAAUGAAGUUCCAAAUGACGAAAACUUAUUGGCCUUUGAUGAAUUGGCAAGCCAACAAUUAAUACUUCUAGCUAUUGAUCAGCAUCCCAGCGUCAUGAGUGCAACAAAAGCUGUUUACAAUGAUAUUGCAAACAAAAAUGAUCCGAAAAAGCCAUCAAAAGUCUUCGAAUGCUUCAGAUAUAAACUGUUUGACAAGAUUUACAGAAUAAUUGACAGCACAGAUGUCAAAAUCAGCACCUGCAACAACGACGUCAUUGUCAAACACGUAAUAAACGAUUUGAAGCCGGUAAAAGAGUUCAAAGACUUCACUCUUGGUCCGACCUUCACUCACAACCAGGAAAUUACGACGAACAUCUGCAUAAAUGAGUUUAAUAACCUUGUUUACUUCGGAGAUUUGAACGGGGAGCUUCACAUCAAGCCGUUCAAAGAGAACAGGAUCGUUAAAACGGCCAAAAUCUCUCCAGUUCAAUUGGACCACGUUGAGGUAAUCCAAAAUAACGGGUUCCCUGUUCUUUUUACUUCGAAUUCCAACGGAUUCAUCCAAUCCUAUUUAGUGAGGGACACGGAUCUCACUCUCACGUCUAUUUCCGACAGCGACGUCACUCCUGGACUGAAAUGUCGCAAAAUUUUCAACGCGAACGACAUAUCCGGGUUCAUGCUUUCUUACUCGGAGAAUGCGUCUGACAAGAUCCAGGUCUACGAUUUGGAGCAGGAAAGAGUUAUUCGGACUAUUUCAGCUGAUGGCUUCGUGAAACAUGCCGCUUGGUGCGAUACUGGCAGCAAUUUGAUCGGAAUAUGCUGCAACAAUGAGGAAUACUUCAAAAUCUACGACAUCAGGGAAAAUAAGCAAAUAUACAACAUCAAAAUCCCAGAGUUUGCUUAUCAAUACUUGACUGCAGAUUACCCGAACAUGAAGUACUCCGUUGCAUCUAAUUUUGGCAAGAUCUACUCAGUGGAUUUGCUUGGAAGAGACCAAGUUGACUCGCAGUUCUUAGUUUCUGGAGGACAAACAACUUGCUCUUUCUCGAUGCAGCCUUGCACGAGGAGAUACUUGCUCGGACAUGAGAAAGGAGUAACUCUUUUCGAUACACAAAAUAAAGUAAAUAAGACAUUGACAAAGUUCUGGAAUUUGAUUGGAUCUGGAACAACCAUUGGCCCUGUAACAAGUUCUAUAUAUCAUCCAGUCGAAAACAGCAUGAAUAUGAUGAGUCAGAGAAAUAUUGUUGUUAUUUAUGGAAAUAAUAAAGAAUAA